AUGGUUUUACCUGGUUUGCAGAGGAUAAAUGUUAAUACUCAGGUUGACAUUGACCUGCCUCAGUCACCCGCAGAUAUUGUUGGGAGUACCUAUACCUCCCAGCUCAGAUUAAAAGACUUCAGUUUUACUGCAAAUCCCCCAAACCUUUACCAUUUCCACCAUAUUUCAGCAAGAGAGCUUACACCUAUGCCAACCUUAGCUGAAGGUGUGCAGGUCCCUGAAGCUGUGGCACCAGGAUCAGAUUCCGGACUUGCUAACACGUGCAAAGUUGCAGAGCAAGCAACUACAUCUGAUGUUUCACUUCUCGGACGUUUAACAGCAGCGAAAGAACAAGUUGAUAACAUUCUCUACAACAUAUGGAGGCUUACAAGCACUUGCAAGGCUUAUAAAAUGUAGACGAUAGAUGAUUAUAUUAAUCAUAAUAUAUUGAGGGUUAACCGAAUCUGCAUUUGUUUUAAUUUGUUUUUGGCCUCAUUUUGUCAUAUGUCAAAGUUUGAGGCUUUAGCCCCUUCUCUGUCCCAGCAUUUGUUUUAAGA